AUGACGACGCCUAACGUUCUCGCGUUCGAGCCUGACGGUCGCCCCAUAGAGUUCGCUGUGUGGUUAGAUGAUCUCCAACUAUUCCUUCUGACCGAUGCCAAAGAGGGCGUUUCAUUGUUCGAUUACGUGUCUGGCACUGCCGUUGCUCCUGCUGCCGAUGCUCUUGCUCUCGAACGCUCGGACCACUUCCUCGCGCUAGACCCCCCCACUCUCACUGUCGACGACUUCGAGAAGCACCUCCUCGCAACAGAGAAGAACAUCCUCGCUGUAGGUGCUGCUCGUGGCACUCCUCGCUCUCCCCUCUUUGAGGGGUGCUCCCCCUCCCCUCUCACCCCCUCCUACGCCUCCGCAGCUGUUGCUCACGACUACCUUGGUGCUGAGGAGGUCGGGGCUGCUUCCGCUCCUAGUGGGAAGCGUCGCAGCGGCAGGGGCGGCAAGGGUGGCAGGGGAGGUGGGGGUGGCGGUGGAGGUGGCGGUGGUGCAGGCGGCGGGGGAGGUGGAGGUGGUGGGGGUGGUCGUGGGGGUGGAGGCGGUGGAGGUGGUGGUGGGGGCGGCGGAGGCACUGGGAGCGGUGGAGGGGGCAGCAGCGGCGGUGGGGGAGGAGGUAGCGGUGGUGGCAGUGGUGGUUAG